UUAGAAUUUAUUUAAAACUAGACUAAUUAGACUUAGAAAUUUGUUAAGUUGGUUAAUAAGUUAAAUUUGUAACUAUUGUGUUAGUGCUUGACAAAUUUAAUUUAUGAUUCUUAUGUAGAUGGAUCGUAGUUGGAUGUAUAAUAUGACUAAUUUUGGUCGAAUGGGGCUAAGACCUGAAUUUGUAGAAGGUGUCAUUGGUUUUGUGGAGUAUGCUAAGACAUUAGAUCCUUUUCAACGUAGUGGUAUGAUUAAGUGUCCUUGUAAUAAAUGUCAAUGUUUGAAUUAUGAAAAACCAGAUGCUGUUGAGUUUCAAUCCAGAUGAUGCUGUGGGGAUCAUUUCUCAGACAAUCAAAGAACUCUAUAGAGAUGCUUAUCCUACAUGGGGCAAGUUCCCUAGCAAUCUCAAGAGACAAAUAUUUUUGGAGUUCAGGAAAAAAUGUGCUUGGCGUCCGGAACAUGAGGCCAAAAUUUGUGCAAACUUUCACAAGAAAGCUACGCAUACUCUUGCUAGUUUGUUUAAUAAAGCUCGUAGAGAUAAUAGCAAACCUAGCUGGGUUCUAUCGGAGGAUUGGGCAAAAUUACUCGUGCAUUGAAAAUAUGAUCCAAGAUUUAAGCAGAUGAG